AUGUCCGAGACAAGCUCAUCACGCCCUGAAGAGUCCGACGGGCCUCGGACUCUUCGAGAUCGUGUUGUCGAUGCGUUCCGUUCCGCUCCUCAAGCAGGCCUUGGGAUUUCGACAGUCGGCAAUCAAACGGAGAACACGACCGAACCAGAUGUGACAACGAGGCUCCUUGAUUCAUACAAUCAUGUCGAUCCUGCUUGCGGUGAGAGACGUUGUAGCCAUGGCACGUUCUCUCCGCAAGUUGAAGAAACCGCAAGACAAUCAUAUAUUGAGAGCUUCGACGGAUUCGGGUACAAUGGAAAUGCUGUGCUGGCCAGUGCGGCCGGUCGCCCUAGAGGCAUAGACGACCACCCGGAGGAGUCUGGCCCAGAAUCGGAGGCUCCGUCACAGAUGAAGUCCUCUACACUUUCGGCAAAUGAUACCAGAAAACAGUACAUAUCUUACUACAUCCCUCUGCUCAAUUGGGUUGGCCAAUACCAUUGGUCAUUUCUCCGUGGGGACUUUAUGGCCGCGUUGACCGUGGCUUCUAUCUACAUCCCGAUGGCCCUUUCGCUCGCUUCGAAUCUUGCACACGCGCCACCCAUUAGCGGUCUUUACUCUUUCGUGAUACACCCAUUGAUCUAUGCCAUUCUGGGAAGCUGCCCCCUCCUGGUAGUUGGACCGGAGGCGGCAGGCUCACUUCUCACAGGCGCAAUCGUCAAAGCAAGUGUUAUGCAAGGAAACUCGGGCGAAGAUAAUCUUACGGAAACCGCCCUGGUCGUAGGAGUUGCCACUGCGAUGUCCGGAAGCAUGAUCCUCAUUGCCGGAUUGACCCGACUAGGAUUUUUGGACAAUGUUCUCAGUCGACCCUUUCUGAGGGGUUUUAUCACUGCCAUUGGAUUCGUGAUCUUCGUAGACCAGCUGAUCCCGGAAUUGGGUCUCGCUGACCUGGCCAAAGAUUCUGGUGUCAGCCACGGCACCAGCGUUUCCAAAUUGAUAUUCAUCUUCCGAAAUGCUGGCCAGUCCCAUGGGCUUACUGCUGUAGUUUCGAUUGUCAGCUUUAGCGUCAUUAUGGUUUUUAGAACAUUAAAAAAGAUGCUUGUGCCACGUAUCCCUCAAGUAAUCUACUUCCCAGAUCGCUUUUUGGUUGUUGUCUUGUCGGCUGUUUUGGCUUGGCACCUGGAUUGGGAAUCUAAGGGCCUCGAAAUCCUCGGGUCCACAGAGGUUGCCUCUGGAGGACUAUUCGCAUUCAAUUGGCCUUUCCAGUUUGCCCACAUGAAGCAUGUACGCACAGCAAUGAGCAAAGCGUUCAUAAUUGCGCUCCUUGGCUUCUUCGAGUCGUCUGUGGCGGCCAAAGGACUGGGCGAAGGCAGCUCAGAUGGAAUCAAGGGAAUGCAUAUCAGUGCGAAUCGUGAGAUGGUUGCACUAGGCGUUGCCAACGUUGUUGGGGGUUGCUUCUCAGCUCUCCCUGCAUUUGGCGGCUACGGAAGAAGCAAGCUUAGCUCCCAGACAGGAGCACGCUCGCCCAUGACCAGUGUUUUCUUGAGUCUCAUCACCUUUGCUUGUGUGAUGGUUCUCUUGCCCUAUCUGUAUUACCUGCCGAAAGCAGUUCUGUGUUCCAUGAUCUCCGUGGUAGCGUAUACCCUAGUCGAGGAAUGCCCUCAAGACUUGAUGUUCUUUUUCCGCCUCCGCGGCUGGACAGAACUUGUCCUAAUGUUCCUUAUCUUCACUUCAACAAUAUUCUACUCCCUGGAACUCGGCAUGGCAAUGGGUAUGGGCCUCUCGGUGAUAAUUCUUAUCCGACACGCAACCCAGCCCCGCAUCCAAAUCCUAGGCAAAGUCUCCGGCACAGUUGCACGCUUCGACAACGCCGAACUCCACCCCGAAAACGUUGAGCUAAUCGAAGGCGCCCUUAUCGUCAAAAUCCCUGAACCCCUUACCUUCGCCAACACCGGCGAUCUGAAGAACCGUCUUCGUCGUCUGGAACUCUACGGUUCGAACCAUGCUCACCCUUCCCUGCCACGUAUGCGUGCCGCAGAGCACAAUCAAAAUAUCAUUUUUGACGUUCAUGGUGUCACGAGUAUUGAUGGAUCUGGAACUCAAGUUCUUUCGGAGAUUGUGCAUGCGUAUGCAGAGCAGAAAGUAAGGGUUUUUUUUUGCCGUUUGCCGAAUAGUAAUGUCUUCCGCAUGUUUGAGCGGAGUGGCAUUGUUGAAAAGUGUGGCGGAUUGACGCAUUUCGUCCCCAGUGUUGAUGAAGCGCUGCGACUGGCGGGAUCUGAGGAUCAGACGCAGGAGAUCUAG